AUGGAUAAAAUCGAAUAUCGUGCGGUGAUUAAGUUUCUCACAAAAGAAGGUGUGGCACCAAAGGAUAUCAAUGAUCGUUUGCGUGCUGUUUAUGGGGUCCUUGCCCCAUCGUAUGCCACAGUAAAACUAUGGGCAAAACAAUUCAAGUGGGGUAGAGAAUCAUUGGAAGAUGAUCCUCAUACAGGUCGACCAAUUGAAGCAACAGCUUCAGAUGUAGUGCAAAAAAUUGAACAUCACGUGCACGAAAGCUCGAAUGAGCGAGAAAGUGUUAGCAGCAAUGUUUGCUCGCGAUGGAUUCCAAGAACGUUGAACAAAUCCCAAAAAGAAGAACGAAUUUCUGCUGCACACGAGUUUUUCGAGUUGUUGGAAUGGAAUGAAACGGACACAUUUGAGCGAAUAGUGACUGGCGAGGAAACCUGGAUCCACUACUAUGAUCCAGAGCUCAAAUCACAGACGAUGGAAUGGCACAAACGUGGUGAACCAGCAUCGAAAGUGCCACGCAAACAAAUUGCCACAAAAAAAGUAAUGGCCUCUGUAUUCUGGGAUGCCAAAGGCAUAUUAUUGGUUGAAUUCCUUCCAAAGAAUACCACAGUCACGGGCUAUUAUUAUGCAAAACAAAUACAUAGAUUGCGUAAAGCGAUCAGAGAAAAGCUUCCUGGUAAAAAACUGUAUUCUCCAGAUCUGCCCCCCAGCGACUAUUUUCUGUUCCCAAACACCAAAAGAUAUCUGAAGGGGAAGCAAUAUGAGUCCGAAGAAGAGAUAUCGAACGAAAUUUUCAACGUAUGGGAGGACAAAGAUGCCGAGUGGUUUGAAGGAGGAAUUAAAGCAUUGAAGCAUCGAUAUGAAAGUGUCAUUCGUGUUCAUGGAGACUACUUUGUAUAA